ACUGUGACGUUAGAUUUCUCGGCCUGUGAUUGGCUACUGAGAACGCAGGUUUCCCAGUUCCGUGGUUUGGCUCGUGUGGCUGUGCGUGGCUUUAUGUUAUGUGCGUAUGAUUAUCAUAUACGUUUUAUGUUUGGUGUUAUAAUUUUAUUUGACAAUAAUAAUUUGUAUAAGUCGUUUUAGUGUAAUUUAAUGUAUAAAUUGGAAUUUUGUUGUGAUCUAAAUUGUAUUGGUAGAAAAGAAGACUCAUCAAGUAGGGUUAAUGGAAGAUCUUCUUGCAGCUAAAUAUUUAUAAUGGUGUACAGGGGUGAAGUGUGUUCCAUAAAUCAUAGUACUGAUCCUGAAUCUACAAUGGUGUAUUAUGGAAUUUAUUGCUUCAGUUACCUACAGUUCCGGAACGACACCACACGGAACUGUGACUGUGCACCGUCGGCGUAUAUGAUGAAGUGCACGAGGAUGGAACCUGCCGGCGAUUGAAAAAACACGUGUUUGGAUCUGAGAAUUGUUCUGCAACCAACUGUAUCAUUCCAGCUAUUGAAGACAUCAUUGAAGAAACAUGUUUAUUUUGAAUAAGAUACAUACAAGUUAAUACAUGGUUUUUUGCCCGGUGCAAAGCAAUUUUGUGAAUUAGUGUGUGAACAAUGAAAUCUAUAUGGGUGACGCAGUGAAAACUCACAUGUUACUGACUACAUUUUUUUGUGUGGAUAUGAUUCCUGUAACAUAUGUUAAAUUACUCAUUUAACUGUUACAAAUGAGGACCCAUGGAUGAAUGGGAAUAAAGUUCGCCUCAUUGAGGCAUCCAGAUGUGGUUGUCAUGGCACCAGCUUUGACUGAAGCUGGUCAGUCUCAGAACUUUAAAUUACCACCAUCUGCUCAUUCUUCCCCUGGCUCUCCUGUAAGUGUUGCAUUUAAUGGCGUUAAGAAGUUAGCAGUACCUCAUCUUCUAUCUGAUGCAAAUCUUUGCAAGGACAGAACUAAAAAGUUUUGUGUCAGUGAAAAAUUAAUUUGUCAACGUGUUAAUGGAUUUCAAAAACUCGAAGAUACAAGAUUCUUGGACCCAAAUUUUGAUGCUUUUGAAAAUUUAACAACAUUAGCUAUUGCUUCAGAAUUAACUAAAGGAACAGGUGAAGAUCUGUGUGCUGGAAGACAAAAGCAUCCUGGUGAGAAGAGCAAAGGUCACAGUAAGGAAGGUAAAUUUAUAAUGAAUCAAUGUGACCCAUCUAUGGGGGACCAUCAAGAUAACAUGGGAUUCCAAAAGCCAAAUAAUGCUGUGCCUAACACAGAGUGUGCUAAUUUGAUGAAGGAUAAAACCUUGUCCAAUGAUAUGGAUCAACUUCUUAAAAAUUUAGGAGCAGCAAUAUCAGGUAAUGAAUUGAGUAGUGGUACUGAUCUUGGGCAGAAUGUGGAAGACAUAUUACAAGUGAUAAAUAAUAUGGAAACAAAUCCACCUGAAACAGACUCUAUGAAUACAGAUAAUAUGGGUUUGGGAAACAUGGAUCCAACAGAAAAUGUGGAAGCAGAAUCUAUGUUUCAAAUGGCUGAUGGUGCAGAUCUAUCAACGCUUGAGCGUGAACUUUUGAAUGUAGAUAUGAUGAACAUGUGUGUUGAUGUAAAUAUUAAUGAUAAUACUUUAGAGCUUGAAAAUAAAGAAGCUUUAAGUGCAGUGCGGUUAGAGGAUGUUCGGAAAAAACAGUUUGAGUUGGAGAGAAAAUGUGAAUUUCUUGGUAGGCGACUGAGAAAAUUACAUGCACGUUCCUUAGGAAAGCAUGCAAGUGGAGAAGUGACAGGUGUUUUGGAACAAGCAUAUAGGAUGUUACAAAGUGCUAGUGGAAAAGAAGGAGAAAAUUCUACAGAAAAUAGUGAUAGUCAAAUAGUGCAGACCAGUGGCAGUGCGGUUGUGAAGGUAGAACCAAAUGUUAAAGAAAAGAGAGUGAAGGGAAUCUCAUCUUCUUCUUUGGCAAAUUUGUUUCGUAGAUUAGAUGUUAUUUCUCAGCAGCAGGCUGCUAUCACUUCACGACAGCAAGUUCCACACAAGUAUUUUGGUGCUGGAUCAGGUGAUCACAGCACUGUUGCUGUCUCGAAUAAUGGUAUCAGUGCAUUUCCUAAAUUUUUAUCUGAAACGAAGGAAGAAGUGGAGCAGGUUUCAGGGCAGCUGCACACCCAAGUGGAAGUGGUGGAGCAUGCCUUUGACUCUGAUGCUACAGCUAGCAGUUCUGGAGGGGAGAGUUGUGACGAGAUGCAGAAUUUCAAUAACCCUCACCAAGUUUCAGUAUCAAUUGGGAAGCGGGCGGCGUGGCGCUGGGCCCGGGACCGCGCUGGGGUGGCCAGCCGCUGGACGUGGCUGCAGGCGCAGAUCUCCGACCUGGAAUAUCGCAUUCGGCAGCACAACGAGAUCCAUAGACAAAUCCGGGCCGCCAAGGGGCACGUGUGUCUAGGGGAAGCCCCCGCGGGGGCGGCGGUCGCCCCCGGCUCUGGGGCGCCCCCGCCCUCGCCUGCCCCCGCGCCCGCGUCCGCGCCUGCGUCACCGCCGCCCGCGCCGGCGGCGUGGGUUGGCGGAGCCGGCGUCCGGGCCCCACGCCCAACCUACCAACCACAUCUCCAUCAUCACCAUCACACGCACGCCUUGAGGUUGGGGAAACGGCUUCCACGGGGUGCCCGCCGGGGCGAAGACAAGCACGAACGCGUCCCCGCAGCGACAGCAGCGCCCUCGACGCCCGCGCCGGCCCACGCCCCCUGGCCCCGCCCCGCUGCAACGGACAGCUGCGGCAGCGUUGGCGUUUGCGGCGGCCUCGACGCGGCGGCGCGGAUGCACCGCCACGCGGCCCGCUGGUGCGCGCGUGUUCCGCAAGCGCAGCUGCUGCAGGUGGCCUGCUGCACGUGGUGUGAAAGAAGGCGGCGCGCCGUUGACGGUGCGCUGCGGCUGCCAGCCGGCCGCUCAGCUGGUGCGCGCUGUGCACGGGCCGCGCCGACCCCACGGCGCCGCUCCCGCAGCCCGACCUGCUCACGCCCGCCGAACGCGUGGCGCUGCUCGACCCUUGCUUCCACCCAGUGCUCUCGUUCCCGGAAGAAAAUUGAAACGCGUCAUUUUGAUAAAAUUCAUUGUUGGAGGGGGGAUGUACCGCAGCACAUUCAUUAUGAGGCGAUAAUGAGGACAUCUGAUUGGCAGCAGAAAACUUUGCGAAGUAAUCUGAAGGCUUUGAAAUCCUCUGGAAGUGUUAAAACAGAGAAAGAUGUGUCACAUGAACGGCGCCAUAAGAAACCUCAAGUGGAACAUCGUAGGAAAUACACUAGUCGCCUUAAAAAGACAGCUGCUAAUACUCUUACAGCCAAAAUAAAGCGCAAGUUGUCGAAGGGACGGAAGACGAAAUCGCAUGAUCCCAACAACCAUUCAUUGCAACGGCUAAAACGCAAGAGGUCUCUUGUGAAAGGAAACAUGGGUUCAUACCAUCAGUUUAGAGAGGAUGGAGAAGAUGAUACAGGAAUGGACUCAGCAAUGGGAAGCAAGUACACCUCUCCAGUUCCAUCUCCCUGCUCUGCUGGUGGGAUGAGUACUAUGUCAGAUCGCCUCGCAAACUUCUCACAAGGAAAAGAAAGAGGGGAUGGCUCAAGGCGGAAGAGGGAAAAUUCAUACGAUAUCGACAACAUUGUUAUCCCAUACAGCAUUGCAGCUUCCACACGAUUGGAAAAAUUACAGUAUAAGGAAAUUCCAACACCAAAGUGGAGAAUAGUGGAGAGGAGUUUUGAAUCUCCCAUCAAAUUGGACUUGAAAAAUAAUGGUGUUGUUAGACGAUCUAGUCAAGAAAGUGAUGUUGAAGAUAUGUGUGAAGACACCAUAGCUCUGAGGCAUGAUCGUUGUGAAAUAGAGGAAAGAAAGAAGUUCAUGAGUUACAUUAAACUUCCAUACUCUGGUAGAGGGCGAACACGACGUACUGAUAGUAGGGCAGAGAGCAGUGGAGCCAACACACCUGAUCCUUUAUCUCCGAACAAUAUGCUCGAUUUACCUGGGGAAGGAGGAGGAUCGCCUAUGACAUCACCACCUGCAACUCCGUUAUCAAGUCAUCAAGAUAUGGAACUACCUCCACGCAGAAGAACUAUAUCUCAGUCUCGAUGGAUACGAGAAAAAGAAGAAAUACGUUCCAUCACUCCUGAUCAUGUUACUGAGGUCCCACCAUUUGAUCCAAGGUUGUUUCCACUUAGUGAUGAAACGUAUGAUAAAAUGUUAAAAUCGAUGCCUGAAGGUCAUCCAUUUCCCCCUGUAAUGAUGGAGCCAAAGAAGAUCACCAAAGCAUUGGAAAUGGGUGAAGUCAGCCAGCCUGCCUCCCCUGGCACCGAUUCAACUGAGUCAGCGUUAGGUGAAGGAGAGGAUCCCAAUGACCCGGAGUGGACUGUAGAAGAAGAGAAAGAAUUUGAGAGGGACAGAAUGAAAAUGGCAGUUAAGAGAUAAAAUAUACUUCAUGAUGGAGUUAAAUUCUAUUUGCAUAAGGAAUAUUCUCAAUGUUGCUGGUUUACUGGCCCAAUUAUGACAAAUUGUAUGUUGAGAAUUCCUGUCGAGUCAGCUCCACUGUUGUUCCUGCUGAUGGAUAUGCAGUGAGAUGGGCAUUGUGGGCAUCGUCUGAAUACUUGUUUCCCCAACAGUGCAUGAUGUAUGUAAAAAGACCAAAUGAUGCAGGAAUUGCUUCCUCCUAAUUAAAAGGGCAUCAUUUUAAAAUGCAAGUGAAAAGUACCCAGUUAAUCUGUAAGUGCACUUGAGUGAUACAAAAAAAGAAAAAGAAAAAAAAUUAGCAUACAUGGUCUGCUCCAUUGUCUUGCACUUCAAAUUUGCUGUUCUUGCUUGUUCCCUUUUUGUUCUUUUUUUCUUUCUUUCUUUCUUUACUUGCAUUUUGUUUCAAUCUAGAUUGUCAGUGUAGUAAUAGUCGAGUUUCAUCAUGUUGAAGUUUUCUACUUUGUAAUAAAAAUGUGUGUAUACUGUGCGUAUUACUUGUUGAUUUUUUGAAAAUGUAAUUGGGUAUAAUUUCAACAAUUCUCAUACAGUUUUAGAGGAACAAUAAUUAUCCUUUCAGUAAUUAAAACCUGUGCAUAGAUCUGCAUCUGGUUUGUCUUUUGUUCUGUGCACCAAUGAAAAGGUUUCUUGUGCCUAAAGUUUUAAAUUAUUGUUUUUAUUUAUGAAAAAAUAUUGUAUAGCGUUAUGCAAUUGUUCAAUUGUUGUGUGAUAGAGAUAAUUGUUUUGUAGAUAGUACGCAUGAGUCAUUAAGUAUUUUUUUUAUUUUAAUCUCAGGCUAAAUUCUUCAUGAAAUUGUUUCUUGUGUGCUUAUUUGAAUUUUAAUUUAAAUUAAACCACUCAUGUGAAUUGAUGGAGCAGGCCUUCGUUAUUUAGAUGUUGAUGUACUCUUUAUAAGAGCAUAUAUCAGUAAAAUUGCCUGCUUGGAAAAUUAUCACAUGCAUAACAUGAAGCUAACCAUUCCAUGGUAGUGUAUAAAUGUUCCUGUCCCUUCCCAUUCCUGUACCUUCUCCAUUGUUAUAUUUAAUGUGGUAGGUGUUGAACCACUUCAGAGCUGAUGAGACUGAUUCUUGUUUUGGAACUGUGGGAGAAGAAUAGGAUAACAAUUUUUGGUUGGGUUGGGUGUCUUAGACUGUGUAAAGAAAACUGUGAAAUAUGUCCAUACACAAUAUUUACACAAUGUGGAAGGCACUUGCUGAAGAAGUGAGAUUUAGAGUAGAUUUUGUAUGUAUUCUCCAGCACUAAUACGCUUAUAAAAACUUUAAGGAGUGGAGUCAUCCUCUUUUCAUCGAAUAUUUUUGUGUUUCCAUAUGUUUUUGAGGUAACUGUCCCCCACCUACUUACUGUUUCUCUUCUUUUUUUUUUCUCUCUCUCUCUCUCUCUUUUGUUUUCUUCCCUUGUAGUAUUUGUCAUUGUUAGUAUAAAUGGCUGUUAGCUGUUUAAUGUGCCUUUUUUGUUUUGUUUUCAAUAAGUUUCCUAAACUUUAAUUUACAUGAACUCUAAAAAGAGAACAUAUCUUUGUGAGCCACAAAUGACACAUGGUUAAACACCAUACAAUUAUCUGAAGUGUUUGCCAUUAUUUGUUAUGUGACCUAGUUUAUGUUGUGAAUGUUAUGUCUGUUUUAUAUGUAUAUAUUGUGUAAUAGAUAGCAAGCAUUCCUUGAAAAUGGUAAUGUUGCCUUGUGAGCAUGAGUUAUGAUUCUUACAUUGGAGUGUUACAUGGUUUGAGAUGUUAAUUCAGAUUAGAUCAUUGCUGUAUUGUAUAUAAUAAUUUCUGUGUGUUCUGAAUUUCCCCAAGUCAACAUCAUGUCUUGCAGUGUAUAAUUGUUGACUGUUCUGAUGUAGAAUAGUUGUCGGAAAGAGUGAAUUUUGUUCUUCCUGUAGUUAAACUUCUGGGAAAUUUUUAUUCUUUGUGUAUGGUGCGUACGUGUGUGUGUAUGUGUACAAGGAAUGCUUUGCCAAUUGCUUAUAUUGUCAAGAAUUUUGUCACUGUUUUUGGAGAAUUUGCUGGCAUUUCCCAGGUAAUCGUAUGGUAAUGUUGCAAAUAUCCAAGCUAGGCCAUUGGUGGUUUUAAAAUUGUACAUCACAAAAGUAAUGUUCUCAAAAGCUCAAGGAGCACUCCGCAGACAAAGCAUGGAGACCUGACACAAUUGUUUGUGACAGUUAUGUAAAAAUUGAUUAACCCAGCACCUGUCUCCUAGGUGGGUUAUUUUAUUUUGUAGAUCUCAAAUCGUUAGAAAUACUUGACACUAUUGUAUAUUGGUUUGCCUGCAUUAUGGACAAGUGCUGUCAUAAUUUUUGUGAGCGAUGAUGUCCAGCCAGAUACAAUUGUCUUGAACAGUUGUUGCAUAAACUUGUAUAGUCAUGACAUGCACUAGUAUAAUUUUAAUAAAAAUAUUAGUUACUGUAUUACAUGCAUCUUUUUUCCUUAUCAAAACUCCUUACAAUUGUCUGUUGAUUUUUCUGUAAUUUUGAUGAUAAAAAUUGUGUAUGUAUUUCGUAGAAGUUAUUUGCAAAUGAGUCUAUCGCUCUGUUUUUUGAGGUUAAAAAAUUAAACAAACAAACAAAAAAAAACAAAAACAAAAAAACAACUGAGAACUUUGCAAACUGAUACAUUUUGUUUAAUCAAUGAUAGGGAAGCUUUAGCUUUUGCCCAGAGCAAGGUGGAUUGGUAUGUCAGUGUUUCUUGAUUUAUGGUAUUUGGACAAAAGGAAACAAUGAAAACUAACUUAUAAUUUCCAUGUACUCUUGAUGUAUAUAGCACUUUGUGUGUGCAAUAUUUAAUGAAGAAACAGUUUGUGUGAUUUCUUCCGAAUAUCAUGUAAAGAUCCUUUGGUCUUUGCCCCUGUCCAAAUUUUAGUUUUA